AUGAGAGAAGAAGAAUUUAAAAAAAGUUAUUUUAAGAGGUAUGAAAAAGAAUUAGAAAGGUUAAAAUUAAUCAAUAAAAUACUAGAUAAACAAAAUGAAGUAGAUUUGUUAAAGACAUGUGUUAAUAUUGAGAAACAAACUGAAAGCUUUUAUCCUUUAUUAGCUGGUACUGGAAAAGAUAGAAUAUCUGUUCUUAAUUUGGGCCAAUUCCCACCCUAUAAGGUUAGUUAUGAUUAUAUAAUGCCUGUUGAUUACAUGGUUAAGAAGAAGUUUUAUAAACACAAGAAUUCAAAACUCAAAGCAGAUAAAAUCUUUUAUUAUAUUAAAGUGAAUAGUGAUGGAAUUAUAAUUGAAUCAGAAGAUAAAGUUAAAUUUAAAGAUUGGGAAACAUUUUAUAAUUCUGUAGAAAAUAACAGUAAAUUAGAUAAUUUACCUGAAUUUCUUGGUCUUAAAAACUUUCAUAUAGCUUCUUAUAUUGAAAGAUUAGGAGAUGUUUCUGAAUAUAAAGAUUACGUACCUUUAAAGGUAAGAAAAAUAUAA